CUCAGCUCUGGACACGAUCAGCAGCAGCAGAGAAUAGUAUUUGUUGCAGAAAUUUCAAACACACUUUCUCACUUAUAGGAAAUGGAUUUUGAUUAUGACGGUUAUGAUUAUGGACCCACAAACUACAGUUAUAAUGGUCAAUCCAAUUCGACUCUAUAUGAAGAGGUGGUUUUUCAGCACAACUCAACGUGUGAAGGCUUCUGUGUGGCUUUAGUUGUAGUCAAUAUGACCAUUUUCCUGCUAGGCUUCUGCGGGAACGCUUUGGUCAUCUGGAUUGCUGGCUUCAAGAUGAACAAAACAGUCAACACCAUAUGGUACCUGAGCCUUGCAAUUUCUGACUUAAUGUUCUGCGCCUUCAUCCCAAUCACCGUUGCCUACACGGUGACCGAGGAGUGGAUUUUUGGACGCUUCUUGUGCAAGUUAGUCCCUUCACUUAUGUUCCUCAACAUGUUCAGCAGCAUCUUCCUCCUGGUCAUCAUCAGCAUCGACCGCUGCGUCUCAGUCAUCUUUCCAGUUUGGGCUCAGAACCAGCGCACUGUUAAAAAGGCAUCAGUUGUUGUUGUCUUGGCCUGGUUUCUUGCCAUUGCACUGAGCGUUCCGUCUAUGCUCUCUCGAGAUGUUGUCAGUCAUCUAGGUAGGACCAUUUGCUUCAACAAUUACACAGUGCAACACAGUCACAAGACUGUUGCACUGAGUCGUUUCCUCGCCAGCUUUGUUAUCCCUUUCUUCAUCAUUACCAUCUGCUACGCUAUCAUCAUCCUCAAACUUCGAACCAACAGGAUGGCCAAAAACACCAAACCAUUCAAGGUGAUGACUGCUCUAAUUGUUGCUUUCUUCAUCUGCUGGCUACCCUACCAUGUGUUCAUCCUACUUGAGCUGAACAUCCACCACCACGGCUACAGCAUUGUAUACAUUGGACUCAAAGUUGGCACUUCUAUGGCAGCAGCAAACAGUUUUCUCAAUCCUGUGUUGUACGUUUUCAUGGGCAAUGACUUCAGGCGGAAGUUCAAGAGCACUCUGCUCUCAAAGAUGGAGAAUGCAAUGGGAGAUGAAGGUCGUACCACCAGCCGAUACCUGUCCAGGUCCAGCUCCAUGGACGGCAGAGCGUCUACGCACAUCUAGAGGGGCAGAAAUCACUCCCAAACUGUUUCAGUCAGUGGACUCACUGGCCAGCAAAAAUACUGCUUUAAAAUGUGCAAUAAAUCAAUCAAUUAACAAUUGCCUGCUUGUAAAAACACACCUGUGAAUCAAAUAUGUAUAUUUCCACUGUAAAAAUGAUCAGUUUAAUUGAGAUUUACAACAUGUCUAUAUAUAAACAUAUACUGAAGGAACUGAGCCAGCAUGUAAACAUACUAUAAUGUAAGUUUCCACAUUAUUGGAGCAUUUAGUGGUACAUUUAACUAAUGCAUAUAAAAGAAUUUUAGUUGUAAAUUUAAAAUGUUAUGUGAACUAUGUUUUCUGAUAUUAAGCACAUAAAAUGUAUUAUCUGUAUAUUAAGUGUUUUAUGAAAAUAAAGUGAAUUAAACAAAA